AUGCCUCGCCUCCGCUCGGGCGCCGACACCGGGAGCCCGCCCGCGGCGGUCCCACCGUCGCCGCCGCCGCCGGAGACGGCGGGCGGGUCGUCGUCGGGGACCCCGGGGCCGUCGCCGUCCACCUCCGUCUCGCUCGGCCUCGGCCAGGGCCCCGCCCCCGACGGAUCCCUCAAGUCGCCCGUCGCGGCGCCGCGCCGCCGCAGCCUGCGCCUCGCCGGGGCGGCGCCCGGCGUCGCGAGCCCGACCACCCCGACGUCCGCUCCCCCGGGGCCGGGUGGCGCUUCCCAUGGCUCCGAUUCCGGGUCGUCCGGGAAGAGGAAGGAAAGCCCCCGGCCUGCUUCCGCCCCUGUUGCUGCUCCGACCAGCGGUGGUGAGUUGGGGAGCGAUGGCGGCGGCGUGGGGGAUGCUAGGGAUUGGGGCGGCGAUGGUGGCGGUGAUCGUCGCCGUGUGUGGAGGUUGUUAUGCUUGCGAUCGUUGUCUAGGGUUGCGAAGCGGUCGAUGGAGCCGGGUGUUCAAAUGAGUGGGGGGAUGGGGUUUGGAUUGGAUGGAGGAGGCGAGGCUGGUGGCCAGGUGCCUGAUGAAAUGCCAUACUGGAAUAUGGAUAGUCCGGGAAAGCGUCAUAAGAGCGUACUAGAUGGAGGAAUGGAGAUCCAAUACGUGCCUGAUUCAGAGAGUUACAAUGAUGAUGGUGGCUGCAUACUGCUGGGGGAGGAUGGCAAGAGGAAUCCGGUACAGUUAUGCACUGCUCCUAAUGGGAUUGAACCGAAUAUGUUCACAACGAGCAUCAGCAGGAGAGAUGGAGGGAGAAUGUGCGACUCUCUGAAGACAGGUAAAGAGGAAACUAGAGGAGUUAGUAUUCAGGAAAAUGACAUCUCAAUUGAUGAGCAUAUGCAUGGACAGAAUUCAGCAGAGGCAGCAAUUGGUGAGAUUAUUGAGCCAUUAGCAUCACCUAUGCGAAGUGCAUUAGGUGAAAACUAUGCAGAUACGUAUUUCAUAGAAGAGGAGAUAAAGAACAAGGCUAGAUAUGAUGUUAAAGGAAAAGGGAAACUGGUUUUGGGGAACGAUGAUUCUGGUGCUGGUACCAUGACCGGCAGGUUUAGUCCUGAUAGUAAAGGAAAGGCAAAGAUGGAUGCAGAAGAGAAUCCAUUGUAUGUUAGUUCAGGUGAUGUAAUGGACUUGGACCCAGUGAUUGCUGAAGGGAUGCAGAGUUUGUCAACAGAUAAUAUGGAGCCUCGUCGGAAAGAAAGAGCAAGACAGAGAGCUAUUGAAUUGGCUCCUAGGUUUGCAUUCUUCAAAACAGAUGAAGAUGGACAUAGUGAUGAUGAUGACGAUGUUGAAGAAGAGCUGGAACCAGUUGCUAAUCCUCAGCACUGGCCAGGUCCAGUUUCUACUGCAAUUAGGAUCAUUGAUGACAGAGAAUCUAAACUGAAAGCUCGGGAAUUGAAAUCUUCUAACUUGGACAAGCCUGCUAAUAAGGUUAUUUCGUGGACACCUACCAAAGAUAGGAAAUCUCCACUGCGACCUGCUCCAUCGCUUACAAGCUUGUGCUUGCAAACUCUCUCAAAUAAUGCUGAAGCUAUUGAAUCACUUGCAGGCAUUCCAGAUGAGCUAAAACAUAGGCUCUUAACUAGUCUAUGCCAUUCUAGAAAGAUGAAUGCCCAUCUUCUUGGUGAAUUGAUGUGUGAUAAUCCUGUGGAAGUGGAGCUCUGUGAGUGUUCAUGGUUGAGUGAGGAAGUCUUUGAGACCACUUUUGGGAAAUGCAGGACAGAAUUCUUGCAGGUUUUGCAGCUUGACUUAUCUGGGCGAUGCCUGCCUGACUACAUGUUGCCUGCUACCUUAGCAAGGGUUCCUAACUGCAUGCCAUUAUUGAAAAGAUUAUCUCUGAAGGGAAAUUACCGUCUUUCUGAUAAUGGGUUAGACACAAUAAUCUCUGCAGCACCUUCUCUGAGUUCGCUAAAUUUGUGCGAGUGCUCUCUUCUUACUUCAACUGGAAUUGAGAAUCUUGCUAACAAGUUGAAUUCAGUCCUUACGGAACUAUAUAUUGAUGACUGCUUAAAUGUGGAUGCCAUGAUGAUUCUUCCUGCCCUACAGAAGAUUAAGCAUUUAGAGGUUUUAUCGAUGUCUGGCGUGCAAUCUGUCUGUGAUAAGUUUGUCAAGGAGCUCAUUCCUGUACAUUGUUCAAAUCUGAAGGAGUUAGCAUUUGCUGGUUGCUUGAAACUGACAUCAUCUUCCAUUAAGACUAUUGGGGGGAACUGCCCACAGUUAUCUUCAUUAGACCUUCGCAACUUGAAUAGGUUGCGUGAUUCAGCAAUGACACAUCUUCGCAAUGGUUGUCGGCUUAUAAAGAAAUUAAGGCUUCAAAGGAAUACAUUUAGUGAUGAAGCUAUAUCUCAGUUUUUGGAACAGUGUGGAGGAUACCUAAUUGAGUUAUGCCUGAACAAUGUUGAGAAGACUGGAAACCUUACUGCAUGUGCAAUUGCUCGCAACUGUUCCACACACUUGGAGGUUCUGGAUCUUUCCUUUUGCCGUGAACUGACAAACGAAGCGUUGGGGCUGAUUGUUGAUAGCUGCUCAUCAUUGAGAAUUGUCAAACUAUUUGGGUGUACCCAGAUCACAGAUGUUUUCCUGAAGGGCCACUCAAACCCGCUGGUUACAAUUAUCGGGAUAGAGGGUAAAGUACUUGAGCAAGCGGUGGGUCUAGCCAUCUAGAAUUUUAGUAGUCAAGCCCCUGGAGGUGGCUGUAGAAUUUUGGCAGGGAAUAUUUUUGCAAGCUUACCCUGUUGUCUUCUGUAUCAAGUAGAUGCUCCUACAGAGGUUUAGCGUUUGAAUGUCUUAACAUUCGUUCAUGCCAUGGAAAAUUCCAUCUCUACAUUCCCAAACUAUAACCAUCAUUUCGGUCAUAUGUACAUAUACAUAUUUGGGCACCCCU